AUGUCUCAUCGCUGGCAUUUGGUAAACACCGUCUGUUUUAUAAGUCAAUCUAUCUAUCUAUCUAUCUAUCUAUCUAUCUAUCUAUCUAUCUAUCUAUCUAUCUAUCUCAUUCUCUCAAAUCUAUCUAUUUAUAUAUCUUCGUCAGUUUAUAUCUAUCUUAAUCUGUCCACAUCUGUCUAUACCUUAAUUCGCUUUAUAUCUAUCUAUCUAUCUAUCUAUCUAUCUAUCUAUCUAUCUAUCUAUCUAUCUAUCUCAUUCUCUUCAAAUCUAUCUAUUUAUAUAUCUUCACUCGGUAGUUUAGUGUGGUGUCUGGCACAAGGCCACUUAGUAAUAAACCAGCACUGCACCCUACCGGGCCUGCAACAUACCUUAAUUCGCUUUAUAUCUAUCUAUCUAUCUAUCUAUCUAUCUAUCUAUCUAUCUCAUUCUCUUCAAAUCUAUCUAUUUAUAUAUCUUCGUCAGUUUAUAUCUAUCUACCUUAAUCUGUCCACAUCUGUCUAUACCUUAAUUCGCUUUAUAUCUAUCUAUCUAUCUAUCUAUCUAUCUAUCUAUCUAUCUAUCUCAUUCUCUUCAAAUCUAUCUAUUUAUAUAUCUUCGUCAUUUAUAUCUAUCUAUCUUAAUCUGUCCACAUCUGUCUAUACCUUAAUUCGCUUUAUAUCUAUCUAUCUAUCUAUCUAUCUAUCUCAUUCUCUUCAAAUCUAUCUAUUUAUAUAUCUUCGUCAGUUUAUAUCUAUCUACCUUAAUCUGUCCACAUCUGUCUAUACCUUAAUUCGCUUUAUAUCUAUCUAUCUAUCUAUCUAUCUAUCUCAUUCUCUUCAAAUCUAUCUAUUUAUAUAUCUUCGUCAGUUUAUAUCUAUCUAUCUUAAUCUGUCCACAUCUGUCUAUACCUUAAUUCGCUUCCUAUCUAUCUAUCUAUCUAUCUAUAAUUAUUUAUCUAUAUAUUCCUUUAUGCCUUCGAACAAGGUUUCCAUCGCUGGUAAUUCCGUGCAGAGGACCAUGAAAACUUGGUCAAAGUCCACCCAUAUCUCUCUUUAUUCGGAUCGUCCAAUUUAG